AUGGUUGUUCGUUCACUUGAUGUGAAAAUGGAUCUUUUUCAACCUCAAGAAGAUGAUGAAGAAAUCAUUGGUUCUGAAGUACCCUAUUGUAGUGCAAUAGGAGCACUCUUGUAUCUUGCAAAUUACACUAAACUAGAUAUAGCUUUUGCGGUAAAUUUGCUGGCAAGAUUUAGUUUUACACCAACUCAGAGACAUUGGAAUGGAGUAAAACAUGUUCUUCGUUAUCUUUGCGGCACAUUUGAUAUGGGUUUGUUUUACCCAAAAGGAGUAAAGUUUGUGUUGAAAGGAUAUGCUGAUGCUGGAUAUCUUUCUGAUCCUCAUAAAGUUCGAUCACAAAUAAACUAUAUCUUUACAUGUGGUGAUACUACUAUCUCAUGGCGAUCUGUAAAGCAAAUGAUCACUGCUACUUCUUUAAACCAUUUAGAAAUAUUGACAGUUCACGAAGUAAGUCGUGAAUGUGUAUGGUUAUGA